AUGAUGGUGAUGGCGAGUGCAGACGAGGAGAAUUUCCCUCAUGUCGACCGCGAACUCGACCCCGACUCCGACGAUAGAUACGAUUCCGAAACACACCCUUCAAGCCCAUGUACUUCAAACUUAGACGCAAUCCAUGAGGACGAUGAAGUUUCAAACAAUGGGUUGGCAGAUAUUGUCGGCUACGAAGCACCCAAGUACUGCCAUGACCCUAACUUUGCAGGCCAUCCGGAGUGUCACAACCGCCAGAUAUCCGACACUCACGUGUUCCGUGUAGUCGAUGCAGCAGAAAAGUUACGGUUACGCUUUGCUGCAACGCACGAUGGCGGUGAUAGUAUCAAGCACUACCGCGACUGGCGCCGCUUGAAGUGGGAAUACGGCGAGACUAUGGUGCAUGGACAGUCUUCGCUGCGCACUGAAGUCCUGACCGAGGAUAAGGAGGAGGUGGAUGUUCACACGCAUGAACGAUCUAGCUGGGAUGCUGAUCAUGUGCAAACUCUCACUACGACCCAUGAGGAUUUCGUUGAGCACUAUUUGCUGCGACAGCGGGCACUGAGGAAACAGGCGGCGCAUGCAAAGCGGUCUCAUGUCGAUGCAGGUCAAGACUUGUUAUCUGCUGGUACCAUCACUGACGGUCCUGGGCUGCUUGAGACCAUUGCUCUCGAGGGGGAUGAGCUGUCUGUGGCCCCACUGACAGGAUCUAUGGCCAUUGAGAUAUGUCACCAUUCUGUGAGCACCUUGAUCGCUCGACGUUUCUGCGAUGAGAUGUCUCUGUGCAAUUCGGUAUCCUCAGAGCCUACUUUGGUUACCACCAAACCCUCCUACGAUAGCGCCUGGUCCAGCUACACAAGAACAACCAAUUUACUAGACGCUAAGGCUAAGAUCACCUCCUCUGCUGCCUUCAAUGACCAGGGUGCGGUAACCCUGCUACAUCGGAGUUCUCCAGCACCGGAGUUGUGCGACGAAACAACAGAACCUCAGCCGCAGGACACGGUCGAACCAAAUACUCACAAGACAGUCUUUACGGAAGAUCAAACCACUGGGUUUCCAAUGCGCGCAGAAGUCCAGAUACUGGAUGAUGGCUGUCGGAUUGAGGAUGUUCGCCAGUCCCUAGACAAGCACGACACACAAGAUCUGUACUCGACACUAUUCAACAACCUGCAUCCGAAGAAUCGCUGCCGACGCUGGAACCGCGAAACCAAAAACCUCAUCAAGAAACGACUCACAUUGCGAAGAAGCUAG